AUGCCAGAAGUGGAGAUGCAAGAGAAGAAGGGCAAAUUGCUUCAUGAUUAUGGUCUUCCAGUCAAAGGGAGCAUGGAUCUUCGGUAUUUAGCCAUGAGACAGCGGAAGGAUCUACUUCACAACUGCCUUAGCCUUAAGUCUUUAGCUGAAAAAGUCCUGAACUUCCCGCUUGACAAAUCUCCUCAUGUGCGUUGCAGCAACUGGGAAGCAGAAGAACUGACACAAGAUCAGGUUCUCUAUGCUGCUAGGGAUGCCCAGGUCUCAGUGGCUCUGUUCUUCCAUUUGCUGGGAUUUACCAGCCUCCCUGCUACAUCUGAAGGUGAAAACUCUGUCACUGCUUGGGAGAAAGCACGGGGUAAAUGCCAGGGCUUGGUGGAUAUCCCAUUUAGAGGAAGAAAGAGUGGCAGCAUAGGAGAGGAGAAGAGUGGAGAGGGGCGUUCCCCUCAGAAAACAAAGAAUCGGAAAUCUUGGGUGAAUGGCCAGCCCUCUGGCAAUCAGCAGAUGAGAGAUCCACGGAGGCAGAAGCGAAAGCCUCUGGGUGUGGGAUAUUCUGCAAGAAAAUCUCCACUGUAUGACAACUGCUUCCUGCAUGCACCAGAUGGACAGCCCCUGUGCACUUGUGAUCGCAAGAAGGCUCAGUGGUAUUUGGACAAGGGGAUUGGAGAGCUAGUUAGCACAGACCCUUUUGUUGUGAAGCUGCGUUUUGAGCCUUCAGGACGUCCCGAGUCUCAGGUUGAUUAUUAUCUGACAGUCAAAGAAAACCUCUGUGUUGUAUGUGGCAAGCGAGAAUCCUAUAUCCGGAAGAAUGUUGGUCCUCAUGAAUACAGAAGACACUUCCCCAUCCAGAUGAAGGACCACAACUCACAAGGAGGGGAUCCGGAGCAAGAUAAGACAGUGAUGGUCAUGCUGCAGGAAAUCCAGAUUGGCUGCUACAUACCUGACUUAAAAGAGAGAGAAGACACAUUCCCCAUCAUAGGAAGGACAUGGACUAAUGGGAAUGAGUCCAGAGUAGAGCCACAAAGAUGA